AUGCCUUCCUUUUCUCCAUAUCCCCACAGCGCUCCAUAUGCCAUUCCAGCCUAUGGCCGGAGACACACUUGUCAUAAAGGAGACCAAACCCAUGGUAACAUAGAGGCAGGGACAAAACCUUCAGAGGGAGAAAUGGAGGGAAAGAAGCAGGAUGGGACCGCCAGGAGCUGGUUCAAGAUCACGGUUCCAUUUGGCAUAAAAUAUGAUGAGAAGUGGCUGCUGGAUUUGAUCCAGAGCCAAUGCAGUGUCCCCUUUACUGCAAUCAAGUUUCAUUACGAGAAAAUGCAGGCCCAGUUCUUUGUGGAGAAUGCCAGCAUUGCUUUUGCAUUGAAGAAAGUCAGUGGCAAGAUUUGGGAUGAGGAUAACGAAAGGAUAUCUAUCUUUGUCAGCCCUUUGACUGAACCCCACUCUGUGCAGAAGGAGCUGAAGUCAACACAGCUGACCAAGAACAGACAAAAUGAUGUCCCCCAGCAAGCGUCUGACCUCCAGACACUCUACCCAGAGGCAAGAAUGGCUGAGAGCAGUAAUUCUAGGGAAGACACGAUGACCCAUGAUUUUGAAAGGGGACCUAAUCUUAGAAACUGCAUGGCUGUCUCCCUGAAAGUCCAGAAAGAGAACAUGCCCCAGCUUUUGCCCUUCAACUUGAGCAAGAACAAACCCUACCAGCUGUUUGACCUGCCCUAUACCAUGCAGAAGGCUCCCACCAUCCAGAGCCUGAGCCUCUCCCAAAAUGAGGUGAAGUCUGAAGGGGAGUUGGUCAAGGUGAAAGGGCUGGAACCAGAAGACAUGUGUGUAGACAAGAAUGCUCUGUGCCCCACCGACCCAGAUAAGUCCAGCAACAUAAGCUCCCUCCUGGAAUUCUUCCCCAAGUUACUACGCCUGGAUGACCAAGGGUUAUCCCAAACCAUCACCUCUGGCACUGAAACCCAGAAGAAGUUACCAGUCUGCAAGGGCAGCGUCUUUGGAUCUGAGACCCUGAAGGAUCUACUCUUGCAAUUCCUGAAGCAGUAUUAUUGGAUCUAUGACUAUGGGAACAGGCAGGGUCUUUUGUGUGCUUACCAUGAUGAGGCCUGCUUCUCACUGACCACUUCCGUCAACCCUAAGGACCCAGCUCCAAGCAGCUUGGGCAACUACUUCAAAGAUAGCAGGAACAUGAAGAAUCUCAAGGAUCCCGCCCUGCGGCUUUGGUUGCUGAGACACACAAAACGUGACAUUGUUGACUUCCUCAGUGUCUUACCCCAAACCCAACAUGACUUCAACUCCUUCCUGGUGGACAUGUGCUGCCGGACGGAGAAGAUGCUCUGCUUUUCUGUCAGCGGGCUGUUCAAGGAGGUUGAAGGAGUGUGUCAGGACCGGAUUUAUGCCUUCACCCGGAUCUUCAUUGCUAGUCCUGUUGGCAACUCCAGCCUAUGCAUUGUGAAUGACCAACUGUCUGUGAGGGAUGCGAAUCUCAAAGAGAUCUCGAGUGCCUUCUACCCAGUGUCUACACCCUCCCCCAGCUCCGUGGCCACCCUGUCCCAGGAGAAGCAAGAAAUGGUGCAGGGGUUCCCGUCCCAGUCUGGGAUGAACCUGGAGUAG